UAAGUAAUUUCCAACAGUGGCCUUCGCUGAUCUUAAUUCCUGCGACUGACAUUUGACACGGUUUAUUGUAUGUUAUUAAUGAUUAGAGCCGGGCGUUUUUAAAGUGAUUUCGUGUUAAAAUACGUCACUGUGUUCCGCGUUGUUUACACUCAGUGUUAUCUAUACCCACUUUUUGUGCCGUCGUUUUUUCCGCGCCAGUUUGUUGUCAUCGUUCGUGCGUUGCUUUAGAUAGAGAAAGAGAGGUUAUUUUUGGCGAUGGGAAACGUUCAUACUUGCGGCCCUAAUGAAGCUCUUGUGGUCUCGGGAGGAUGUUGCGGCUCGAUGAGGAAAAGGACUAUCGUCGGCGGAUACGCAUUCACUUGGUGGUUUGUCACUGAUGUGCAACGACUGUCAUUGGAAGUAAUGACUCUAAAUCCGGUGUGUGAGAGCGUAGAAACUGCGCAAGGUGUACCAUUAACGGUCACCGGAGUAGCUCAGUGUAAAAUCAUGAAGGCCGACGAAUUGUUGCACACUGCCAGCGAACAAUUUCUUGGAAAGAGCGUCCACGAGAUCAAAACAACUAUUUUAUCCACCUUGGAGGGUCACUUACGAGCUAUAUUAGGUACGCUCUCUGUGGAGGAAGUCUACAAGGACCGAGACCAAUUUGCAGCUCUUGUACGAGAAGUUGCCGCGCCAGAUGUUGGUCGUAUGGGCAUAGAAAUCCUUUCAUUCACGAUAAAAGACGUUUACGAUGAUGUUCAAUAUUUGAUAUCACUAGGAAAAGCUCAGACAGCUGCUGUUAAAAGAGAUGCUGAUGUUGGUGUCGCCGAAGCAAAUCGAGAUGCUGGUAUUAGAGAAGCAGAAUGUGAGAAAUCGGCAAUGGACAUAAAAUAUAAUACUGAUACAAAGAUAGAGGACAACGCGAGACUCUAUCAAUUACAGAAAGCUAAUUUUGAUCAAGAAGUAAACACAGCUAAAGCCGAGGCUCAGUUGGCUUAUGAACUUCAAGCAGCGAAAAUAAAACAACGGAUACGAAAUGAAGAGAUACAAAUAGAAGUUGUGGAAAGGCGCAAGCAAAUCGAAGUUGAAGAGCAAGAAGUUCGCCGAAAAGAACACGAACUUCAAAGCACAGUACGAUUACCAGCCGAAGCUGAAUAUUAUAAAAUGGGAAGAAUAGCCGAGGGAAAGAGAACUCAGACUGUGAAUGUAGCAAAAGCCGAAGCCGAAAAGAUUCGAUUAAUUGGCGAAGCCGAGGCUCAUGCUCUCGAAGCUGUCGGUGUAUCGGAAGCAGAGCGUAUGCGAAUGAAAGCAGCGGUUUAUAAGAAGUACGGUGAAGCGGCUAUACUCAAUAUCACUUUGAAUGCCUUGCCAAAGAUUGCAGCUGAAGUUGCGGCGCCAUUGGCGAGAACAGAAGAAAUUGUGCUUCUCGGCGGAAGCGACGCGACUAGCGGAGAAUUUACGCGUCUCGUAGGGCAAGUACCUCCAGCUGUACAUGCAUUGACUGGUGUAGAUCUUUCUAAAGUAUUAGGAAAAAUACCAGGCGCAAAGUAAUGCUGGACGAUAUGAAUUAAAGGACGGCGACCGGGCGAACGAACUUGGAAUCAAUUUGAGAAAAUGGUGCAAAAUCUAUACUGCCAAAGAUUUCUUUGCUGCUGCAUUAUCUAUAUCGACGAUACUCUCCCCCUUUUUCCUCUUUCCUAAAUUUUGGUCUACCUCAAGUUUAGCUGAAACCGCGAAUCUGCACGCCAGUGGAGAUAUACGCUUUGUUAUCUCUUAUCGCGCAAAUGAAAUCAUUUUAUUUGCUCGUGUAAUAUUUGCGCGUUUUUUUAUUUUAGACACAAUGCAUACAAUGUGCGAUAACAUUACGUUUCGUUAGCGAAUCAAUGUAAUCAUGAAUUAAGAGACGAGCGAUUAGCGCGAUUUAUUUUAUGAUUACGCCAAAAUACGUAUUUUUAAAACGCGACAAUCUAAAGAUAUACCUUGUUCCAAUUAUAAAUAUUGACAAUUAUUUUUUUUAAUUCGUGAAAAAGCACUGCCCAUGGCUGUGCCUAAGAAACAAUUAUGAAUGCAUCGCAAUGAUAAUCAGCUGCUUGCUAUUGGUGGAAUGCAUAAAGCGACAUUUAAUAAGAUAUUAAUUUAACAUUUAUUUCAUCAGAAAAAAUAAAAGAAAAGAUCGCAAUAAAUAACGUUUGUUCGUUUCAUAAAUAUACAGAGUACCAGGAUUAGUGUUCUAACUUGAAAAAUAAAUAUUUGUAAUCCUAAAAUAACAAAAAAAGAUUUUCUAGACAUCCGCGAACGAUUUUCUUGUUCAAGAGAUA